GGCUGGUUUUUAUUCUUUGGGGCGGGGUCGUCGUCAGUGAGGAGGGGGCGUGGGGCCCCCCGGAGCCCCCCGCUGCCCCCGGGCAGACGGUCCCGGGAUGCUGGCCAACGCCGGAGCCCCCAACCCGGGCCCCUGAGGCCCCCGGGCGCCUGGGUCCAGCUGAGGCGGGUCCCCGUCAUGAACGACAGGAACGGCCGGAGGAGAAUGAUGAAGAAGGACGAGGAGGCCUACGAGAUCUCCAUUCCGUUCGAGGAGCGGCCACACCGGGAGCCCCAGAUCUUCUACAGCCUGAGCCCCCCCAGGGGCCACUGCGAGGAGGCCCCCGAGCCCGCCUCCCCGACUCUGGCGCUGAUGAACGGCGUGAAGACGCAGCUGCACAUGGCGCUGGAACGCAACUCGUGGCUGCAGAAGCGCAUCGAGGACCUGGAGGAGGAGAGGGAUUUCCUGCGCUGCCAGCUCGACAAGUUCAUCUCCUCCGCCCGGCUCGACGCAGAGGAUCAUUGCCGGGGGAAGCUGGCAGGCCGGCGGGCGGAGGCGGGCGAGACCCGACUCGGGGAGACCUCGGACCCCGGCAGCCCCACGUCCUCCCUCAGCGGCGGCUCGGAAGAAGGGGGCUCGGCUGAGCGCAAGAGGCAGAAACAGAAAGGGGGGGCCGGACGGCGGCGGUUCGGCAAGCCUAAAGCCAGGGAGCGGCAGAGGGUGAAGGACGCAGACGGGGUGCUGUGCCGCUACAAGAAGAUCCUGGGCACGUUCCAGAAGCUGAAGAGCAUGUCGCGGGCCUUCGAGCACCACCGCGUCGACCGCAACACGGUGGCGCUGACCACGCCCAUCGCCGAGCUGCUCAUCGUGGCCCCCGAGAAGCUGGCCGAGGUCGGGGAGUUCGACCCGUCCAAGGAGCGGCUCCUGGAGUAUUCGCGCCGCUGCUUCCUGGCGCUCGACGAGGAGACGCUCAAGAAGGUGCAGGCCCUCAAGAAGAGCAAGCUGCUGCUGCCCAUCACCUACCGCUUCAAGCGGUGAUCCCCACCCUCCGCACCCCCGGCUCCCACGUCCUCCCGGCCUCCGCAGCUCUUUUCCAGGGGGUGGGUGGUCCCCAAUCUUUCGGGACCCCCUCCCUACUUUUCGGCCCCCCCCCCCCCCCCUCCACCGUGCCCUGUACUCUUGGACUUCCCCUCCACCCUUUUGGACCCUCCCCACUUCCCUCCCAGGCCUUCUGGGAUCCCGGCGAGCUUCCCAGUGACCGUCCGGGGUGUGUGGAUGGGGAAGGGGGGGGGGGCUCUCGGUCCCCUGGGGGCCCUGGCGGUCUCUUGUUGUUCCCAGGCAACCUCUCCCACCCUAGGAAUUCCAGACCCUUCCACAUCACACCUCCCCGCUCCCGCAGCGAGGCCCUCACGGCCUCCACCCGCUGGAUUUCUGCGGGCUCUGAAGUUGCCCUCUCCCCCCUUGAGGGCCAGGGUCCCUUCCCACCCGACUCCACUCCUUACCCCCCCGCCCCAAGCCCUCCGUGACCCUUUUCUGCUCAGAGCGGCUGGGGGUCUCUCCUAGCAAAGGCAGGCCUGCCAGUCUCCCUCCCCCAGUCAGGGCUGUUAUGUCUCCCCCACCUUCCACGCCAAGGAGAUUUGUGUGUAUAUAUAUAUAUCCCCAUCCGGCACCAUUUCCUUCCACUCCAUCUCCAUCCUCCCGUGGCCCGCUCGCUCCUCCCCCAGCUGAGGACGCGGGGGGAGGUGGAGUGCGUAUGUAUAGUUCCCAGCCCCCUUCUAUCGCCCACACCCUACCCCUCUCCCCAUCUAGGCCGCAUAUUUAAGAGGCCGGAGGGGCCCCGGGUCUCCCUUUCCCCGGUCCUCUCUCCCGACCCCGGCGGAACCGACAAACCAGAGAACUGUUCAGAGAAUUUAAAUUAAAAGAGGGGAAAAAUUUGGAAUAAGCUCGGCCUCCGCCUCUCGCUGGUGGGGGGGGAGGAGUGCGAUGACG